AAAUACGCUGAAAAAACAUCCUGCAGUGAUGUGACAUUACAGUCACAACAAGAGAGGAUGGACUUUGUACGCAGCAGAAUUACAGAUGUUAAUAUGAACCUGAAAACACUCAUGCAAACUUCAGAAUCUGGAUUUCCAGCUCAUAUGAAUCUUGCCAUUAGAAGUAGUGCAUUUCCUGAUGAUAAGGCAACGAAAUGGCUCAAAGAGCAAAAUAAACAGCUUACUCAGGAAGUGGGGUCAAAGAGUGACAGAAUUACACAGCUAGAGAAAGAGAAGGCUAGUCUUAUCCGAGAUCUGUUUGAAGCCAGGUCAAAACAUAAAACAAACUAUGAUGAUACAACCUUCAUGUGAUAUUACACGUUUCACACAUUAUAUGUGUCUUCUUUUGUGUUAAGUGUGUGAAAUGUAUGUUACGAACAGACAGAAGAUGCUCUUUGUAUUUGAAUGUUUAAGUGUUUGUAAACCACGGCAUUGAAAACUGGAUCAGAUCCAUUAACCCAAUGGUGCCUUUCCUCAAGAAAAUUGGAAACGGACAUGUAGACAGUGCUAUAGAUAUUCACCAAAAUGAAGAAUAUAAAAGUGUCUACUGGAGUGCAGACCUUAAGUUGGACACAGUUAAUAAAGCAAUAUUCCCAAAAAAGCCUAGCUUGACACCUUGUGUUUGGGGUUAAGCUAUAAUUGUGAUUUUUGGAGGAAGUUUUGAUAUAAUCAAUUCUUUGUAUAGCAUUUAUUUUUGUAUUGUUUUAUAAUCUAUGCAAGCUAAAUCUUUAUAUUUCUAAGGCUUUUUUUAUAAGGCUUUUGAAUAAUGUUUUGAUACAUGUAUUUUAUAACUGAAUAGCUGUCCUUGAAUUACAUUAAUUUUUUCUCAAGGAAAAUAAUUCAUGGGUAUUAUCACUAGGUUCUCAAAAAAAAACAAG